GGAGCCGAGGGCGAGGCCAUUGGGGAAGACUCAGGGCGUCCUGCCCAGGCCGUGGGCGCCGUCGGGAGCUCGGGGUUCCCCUCGAGGCUUCGACCCCUUGGCUUGGGCUUUGCGCAGGUUUCCCAUCGCCAUCCAGCCUCGAAGCCGGCAGGUCUGGAAAACGGCUUCAGCCCAAUGGUCUCUUCCCUCUAAGGAGGGGGCUGAGCCGGUCUGAGGAGGCGACUGGAGAGGGAAGCCCCGACCCUCGGGGGCUUGGAAGGAGCAGAGGGCGGCAGGGGCGGCGGGAGCGGGGAGUUCCCUCCCUUGAGCAUCCCAUGCCUCCUCCGUUAGGGCUUCCCUCUCCGCCGAGCGGGCUCUGACCGCGCCGCCCUCAUGUGGGCGCUGACGGGACCCACGAGGGAGCGGGCAUGGGGCGCCGCCUCGCCCUCCUCCCUCCCCGCCUCCUAGGCGAUGCGGAGUGGUGAGGGGACCCGAGGCUGCCCCGGGCUCUGCAGGUCUCCUCCCGGCCCCCGCGGGUUCCUCUGCGCGCGGGGCAGGAGAGCCUGACGCGGGGCUGCGGCGGGCGGCGGGCGGGAAGCGGGCAGAGCCGGAGCCCGGCCUCGCCAUGGGGCACAACGGCAGCUGGGUGCCCCGCAACGCCAGCGAGCCGGCGGGCGCCAACCGCAGCGCGCUCGGGGAGCUGGGCGAGGCGCAGCUGUACCGCCGCUUCACCACCGCCGUGCAGGUCGUCAUCUUCUUCGGCUCGCUGCUCGGAAACUUCAUGGUGUUAUGGUCAACUUGCCGCACAACCGUGUUCAAAUCUGUCACUAACAGGUUCAUUAAAAACCUGGCCUGCUCGGGGAUUUGUGCCAGCCUGGUCUGUGUGCCCUUCGACAUCAUCCUCAGCACCAGCCCUCACUGUUGCUGGUGGAUCUACACCAUGCUCUUCUGCAAGGUCGUCAAAUUUUUGCAUAAAGUCUUCUGCUCUGUGACUAUCCUCAGCUUCCCUGCCAUUGCCUUGGACAGGUACUACUCAGUCCUCUAUCCUCUGGAGAGAAAAAUAUCUGACGCCAGGUCCCGGGAGCUGGUGAUGUACAUCUGGGCCCACGCGGUCGUGGCCAGCGUCCCGGUGUUUGCGGUGACCAACGUGGCCGACAUCUACGCCAUGUCCACCUGCACCGAAGUGUGGAGCAACUCCCUGGGCCACCUGGUGUACGUCCUGGUCUACAACAUCACCACGGUCAUCGUGCCGGUGGCCACGGUCUUCCUCUUCCUGAUACUGAUCCGGCGGGCCCUGAGUGCCAGCCAGAAGAAGAAGGUCGUCAUCGCCGCGCUCCGGACGCCGCAGAACACCAUCUCCAUCCCCUACGCCUCCCAGCGCGAGGCCGAGCUGCACGCCACGCUGCUCUCCAUGGUGAUGGUCUUCAUCCUGUGCAGCGUGCCCUACGCCACCCUGGUGGUCUACCAGACCGUGCUCAACGCCCCCGACACGUCCGUCUUCUUGCUGCUCACGGCCAUCUGGCUGCCCAAAGUCUCUCUGCUGGCAAACCCCGUGCUCUUCCUGACCGUGAACAAGUCUGUGCGCAAGUGCUUGGUGGGGACCUUCGUGCAGCUCCACCACCGGUACAGCCGCCGGAACGUGGUCUGCGCGGGGAGCGGGCUGGCCGAAGGCAGCCUGGAGCCCAGCGUGCGCUCGGGAAGCCAGCUCCUGGAGAUGUUCCACAUCGGGCAGCAGCAGAUCUUCCAGCCCGCGGAGGACGAGGAGGAGAGCGAAGCCAAGUACGCCGGCUCCGCUGACCUCCAGGCCAAGGAGCUACUUGGGCCCUGCCUGGAGAGGGAGCAGGGGCCGCUGUCUGCGCCGCCUGUGCCGCCCCUGCUGGGGGCUGUGGACUCUCUAUCCCAGGGGGCUUCAGCAGCCCCUGUGGAACCUGAGACAUUCCCUGGCAAGUAUUCCCUGCAGUUUGGUUUUGGUCCCUUUGAGUUGCCUCCCCAGUGGCUCUCAGAGACCCGAAACAGCAAAAAGCGGCUGCUGCCCCCCUUGGGGAACACCCCGGAAGAGCUGAUCCAGACAAAGAUGCCCAAGGUGGGCAGGGUGGAGUGGAAGAUGAGUAGAAACAAUAAAGUGAGCAUUUUCCCAAAGGUGGAUUCCUAGCAGGGAUUGAAAAUCCCCGGAGCAGCAGGGAGCUCCCCCACUCCAGUCUGCCCUUCACCUGGCCCUGUGAUGUGUAUGAUCUCAUUGCAACCAGAACGGGUUGACUUUUCCUGUCUGGGCCAGAUGCUUUUGAAUGAGAGGGAAAUCUAUAUAAAAUUAAUGUCUCUCUUUUUUUUAUUUUUUUUUAUUUUUUUUUUUUAUUGAGGGAGUAUAUAUAUUUAUCUCAGUGAUUCGUGUCCUUAGUAAAGUCCAUGUCCCUCUUUGUGGAGACAAAAGUUGGGCAUUGUGGACCGGGUCUUGGGGUGCGUACCCCAUGUGUGUUUUCUGGGGAUCCUCAGUUCUCUGGGUCCAGCAGAGAAUACGCGGAGAGAAAAAGCAUCCAUCCAUGAGCUCAAAGGAGCAGGGCCACUCCGAGGGAAGCCCAGAUAACUAUGGAGUGGUGUGGGCACAAAGAAAAUGCCUGUUUGAUGGACGUAAGAAUGAUUGAUCUGCACCUUCAGGGAAGACAGGGACUUGGCAUGUGACAGCUUUUCUUUGGAAGGCCUGAUCAUAUGCCUGGCAGUUUCUCCCGAUGCCUAUCAGCCCUUGCACCGGGAUGUGGGUAAGCAAUGGCCCUUCUGCCCCCAUCUGACAGACACGGCAAUAGACGUGCCUCGUGGUAAGUGAGACGAUCUGUCCUUGGUUAUCCUGACGUUCCCAGGCCUUGCUGUGGCCUCAGAAAGACACAUCUGCAGUUUUGGUUGGAGAACACACCGCAAGCUCUUUACUAUGUCUUUCCCCCCCUUAUUUUAUUUAUUUGUUUUCAACAAAUGAGGGAGAGAAGAAAGACACUAGUCUUGUCCACACACUAGUCUUUUCUCUUCCCAAUUGAUCUCACCUGAAAGGUGCUACGUAUCAGUCGUUAGAAGUAAAGUACAUUGAAAAAAAGUGAUCUCAUGCCAACUUUUGUAAUUCAGAGGCAAUUUUAAAAUGCUAAGUCAGUGUAAACGGGGUCCCCUGCAAACAUCAAGCUGACCUGCUUGAUUAGGAAAGGUGGUUCUGCCCAAAAGGGUGGGAAAGGCAGACAGAAACCCUUCCGAGGAGGGCUCCAGACUCCGGCUGGCCAGUCUCAUGUGCAGUCCGUGUAUGCAACUGUGAUUUCUCCCUUCACGUUGGCCAC